UCCCUUAAACUGCCGGUAAUUGGUACACUCACCCAAGUGGAGCUCUUCGAAAUAUCGAUUCGUCCAAAAUCCGAACACUUGGGUGUAGUGACACGUUGCGUUUGUCGAUUGUUUACAAAAAUCAGCCGUGAGUAUGUUCGAUUGCAUUUGACUGUUCGGCAACGAAAACGAGCGAUUUCAUCUCGAAUUUUGAGAAAAUCGUCUAAUCAAUUGGCUGGCACAUUUGAAAAUGAAAUAUGACAAACUAGAUUGCCCAAUUACGUAAUACUUUAUCAGUCUUAGUUCCAUUGUACGUACUCCCCUGCCGAGCGUUCUCAACGAACAACAAUAAGUUGACGUUGCGAUCAAUUCCACGUAAUCCGUAAUCGAUAUAGGUAGGCAUAUAAGCACGCGCGUCUGUACGCAUGAACGCUCCACAGAUCUUGGCUCUCGAAAUUGUUCGGGCUGAUUUCGUCAUGCUUCACUUUCGCAAGUGUCGUCGGCAGUUCAGUCGCUUUACGCAAAUGAACUAGGAUAAAGAGACGAUCGAAGAGCUUCACUGUCGGAAAUUGCUGUGAGCCGCAGCGCCGCGAUCGAACUGGAUGCCGAAAUUUGGGCGUCCGCGUGCGUAGAAGCGCGAGCGGAAUGAUAGUUUGACGAGGACGAGCGAGACGGACGACGGAGGAGUGGGAAUCGCUGCGUGGCACGCGCACGAGGCUCGCUCACGGAAUGGACAUUUGGCCGAUUGGUCGAAGCCCCGGUCGACGCUCGAGCGGCCGCGGUGACCGUGGGCGUCGCAUCGACGACAGGUUCGCGUGAACUCGGGACUCCUGGGCCCGCUGACGCGCCACGUCCUCUGGCCGCUGCUGCGAACGCGACGAUUUAUCGCAGCCUGACAUUGCGAAGCCUCGGCAAAGCCAUUCGCGGCGUUGCGAAAGUCGCGCGGCCUCGACUCGCCGGUGCUCUGCUCGUCCUCGCGCGAGAAAAAGGCACACAAUGGGCAAAUCGGCUCGCGCGUACGUAACACGCGUAAACUGCGAACUUGACUCGCGCGUAUCCUUGGCGCAACGACCCAGAUCGCCGUGAGCCGCGGGAGCCGUUGGGAACCGGCCGUAGCCGACGAGUUUUGUGCACGCAGGGACAUUCGCCAACGAGCUGGGUUGGGUUGGGUAUCGCCGGUGCAAGCUUGUUUCUCGGCGGCUCGCGUCGCGGCAGCGGGCAGAGCUUUCGAAAGCUCCCGCAAUACAGUCGGCAUCGACCGCCAGUUUCUUGUCGAUGUUCGGUACUCUCCUUGAAGUGGAGCGCUCGAUUCAAACGCGUUCCACUCGAAGGAAUCGAGUUGAUCGACUCGCGAGACUCGCCGUGAAGCUGCUUUCAAUUCUUUACGACGAAUGCGAUUUCACGUAGCCUUGGUUAUCGUGCUCCAAAGUAAACGUUACGUUAAAACAAUGCGCGUAAGGCGAUUGCGUCUCGUUAGACGAGUAUGUGAGGUUCCUUGCUCGCCGAACAAACGAAGCGACACUCUGCAGGGGAACAGAAUGACUCAUGGCUGUUGAAGGAAUAGCGAUUUGCCAGUGCCAUUUUCUUAUAUGUAUAGUAUCGAAUACCGCCUAAAGUCCUGGCUCACUGCUGCGCGUACGUUUUCUGUCAUGUUCGGUCUAUGAAGACGCAUUAAUGCUUGACACCGAACCAGCCGAUACAUCUUACGCGUAAAUGUGAAAUAACGUCACGAUAAACAAUAAAUUUCUAUAUUAAAAUGCACCCAAUAUUUCAGAGUAAGCAAUAGCUUCAUCGAUUUCAUUUGUUCUCAUCAAUAAGAUCCCUUUGGUGAAUUUACAUUGGCAACAAUUCUUGAAAUAAUUGUCCAGCAGAUGGAAGAACUUAAUUGCUUAGUAGUAUGGUAAAAAUGUACUUGUAAGAAGAUGUUUUCGUCAUGCCCGUUCAAGUGGGCAGUAAUCGGAGCCGUGCGAGCCGAAGCGGCGGUACGGCGGUGGUGGGCAUAUAGGGAAGGCGUCCUUUCGUGCGCCGACGACCAGUCGGGCAAGGCCAAUAAGAGCAGAGAGCGCGCGCGCGAGCAGCAGCCAAGGGCGAGGACGGCAUCGGUCUGGGAAACGGUCGCAAGGAUAGACGCGAGCGUGUCGCAAACCGGCCGCCAUCCCGCAUCUCGUCCGCGGAGAUCGCGAGGAGCGAAGGUGACGGACUGCGGCAUGGACGGCCCGCCCGGGCCAAUCACAGCCAACCCGGGGGCGAGCGUGCACGGCAAUUUCGCCAACUACUACAGCUUCCAUCCAACGGCCGAGCGCAUCAGCCAGAUGCCCGACGGCCUGGUGGCCGCCGAGGCCAGCCGCCACCACGGCCCCGACUACGUCGCCCUGGACAUCGGCUGCAACUCCGGCGACCUGACACUCGAGCUGCUGGCCUACCUGCGGCGCGAGCUGCCGACCAGGCGGAUCUGGAUCCUGGGCGUGGAUCUGGACGCGCGGCUGAUCGAGCGUGCGCGGCUCCAGAACCGACACCCGGACGCGGUCAGCUUCGAGUGCCUGGACUUCACGGGCCCGGACCGCGGACCGCUGCUGGACGCGUACCUGCGCCAGCGCCGAGUGUGCCGCUUCCACGUGACCUUCUGUUUCUCGGUGACCAUGUGGAUCCACCUGAACGGCGGCGACGCCGGUCUCGAGCGCUUCCUGCGGGACGUCUGCGCGAGCAGCGAGGCCGUGCUGCUGGAGCCGCAGCCCUGGCGCUGCUACCGCAACGCCGCGCGGAGGCUGCGUCGCGCCGGGCUGCCCGGCUUCCCGCAGCUCGAGCAGCUGCGCUACCGCGGCGACCCGAUGCUGCACGUGCGGGCCAUUCUGAGCGAGCAGUGCGGCUUCCGUGAGCUGGCGGUCAGCGAGCGCAACGACUGGCAGAGGAGACUGCUGCUGUACGCGCGACCCGCGCUCUCCGGCAGCUCCGACUCCGCCGAGUCGGCGCUCUGAUCUGCCUGCCUGCGC